AUGGGGGAUCGGAAUCGGUCGCGGUACGGGAGGAGGCAGCGCGGCGGACCUUGGCGCCCUCCUCUCCCUCCGCCUGAUCACGGACACAAACACUGUCCAGUCCCACUAUGGGAAAGGGAAUUCUGCAGUUAUGUUGGCAACAUUUCCUGGCAAAGGUUCUGCGAAAACAAGAAAUAUGUCUCAAUAUACAAUAAUUUUGAGCAUUGGGAUGAUUCAGGAGCCUUCGAGAAUUUUCAGAAUGCAAAGGCAAGGUUCUGGGCUGACUAUCAUGGCCAGCCUUCUGAUAUUCCUUUGCCCGAUCCUGAUAUGUACAUUGAUGAGGUCGACCACCACUGCACAGUUGACCCUGAGUUGGCAGCUGACGUGGAGAAGGUACUGCUACCAAUUGACUCGGAUUAUGAUUAUAGUUCGAUCCCGGUUAUGGGAUGGGUCAAUACCUGGGAAUAUAACAACUUUACUAUGAACCAGUCUGCUGGAAACUGUACAGAAAAGCCAGCUGAAGUGCAUGAUUGGGGCUGGGAGCCAAGCCAUGGAUCCAAUGCGACUUGGGGUGGGAAUAAUGAAUCUUCCAGUAAAUGGGAUAACAACAACUCCGGUUGGUGUGCUGCGCCGGAGAAGCCUAGUUGGGGCAGCUUGAGCAACAACCAGUAUGCAUCAAACAACAGGUAUAGUAACUUCUAUGGUGGAUCCAACAAUAACAGGUACUUCAACCAGAGGAACAAUAAACAGAAGGACCAUCAUGAGGGUUUUCAAAGGAGCAGCUUGCAGGAUCCUAGUAGAGGAAAAAAGAUGGAAUGGCGUCCAGUGGCCAAAAAAGCCAGCCAACAAGAUGGGCAGGGAAUAGAGGGUGGCUCUUGA